AAAUGUCACGGAAAAGUCGCUACGUGAGGUGUAAAUCAUGAGGUUGUCGACAGGGACAGGGACUGUCGCCGUUGUUUUCUGCCUUUCCCUCGUUAGUAGGAGUCGAAUUCCGCUUUCAGUUAUCCCAACAAGAUAUACGUGUGCAAUUAUACACUGAUGUCGCAACUAUUUUUAGGCUCAGUUUGUUUUCAGUCAGUGAUCUAAAAAACUAUUAGGCGUGCUGACUACAAGGUGUGAAAGCAAAUUAAUUUACAUCCAAUUAUACCGAAACUACUGGGGUCCGCCAAGUCAGCUUGAUAUGUAGUUCUUUCAUUGCCAAAGACUUCCAAAAGGCCUGUUCGGACGGAAUUAAGUUUACCUGGGAUCCAGGGAUAAUUAACUAUUUUACAGGUGUUACUCUGUUAUUUUAUUUAGGAUCGGUCAUGAAAGUGGUUUUAUCUAUCCUUCUGAAUUUCCUUCUGUUAUUCACCAAACUCAGCGGUCUUCUGAUCAUUUUCGUCCCAUCCAGAAACACGUCUGUGAUUUUCUAUGCAGAUAUCGCCUCGCGUUGGGAAAAAAAAGAUGAUACUUGCCAUAUUUAAUCUUGUAGCACGCAUAUCAGUUACCCUCCCCAGAUACUAAACACUAGAUACUAAACGAAAAAAAUGGAUACUUCAGAAGAGACACUCAACCAUAUAUUUGGUCUGGAUGGUAAAACCUCGACUACACAUCCCAACUGACAAAGGAUUUUCAGGAGGAGAAAGAAAAUAAAGUCAUUAAGAAAGCUAAAUCCCAGAGACUGAUUAUAGGAGCCAUUAUAAUGGCAGCUACAGGCUUCGAUAUCAUCCAAACCUUGCCUUGAGGGUGGCAAUGUAUUCAAACGUCCACAACCCAUUUGCACAUGAUGAUGAAGAGCAUGCCUCACCAGCAAGAAGAGGCUUUAAUUUCGAUGAUGGUGAUGAAGAAGAAAGCACAAUGAAUCCAGCAGAUCGACGUCAGAGGCAGCUCGAACAAGAGGUGAUGUGCACCGCUCAGUCUGCCAUGGACAGCAGCAGUCGCUCCCUCCGCCUCAUCUAUGAGUCAGAGAAAAUCGGAACAGAGACAGCAGAGGAGUUAAUUCGUCAGGGUGAGGCCUUGAAGAGAACAGAGAGAAUGGUUGAUAAUAUGGCACAGGACAUGAAGACUAGUCAAAAGCACAUAAACUCUAUUAAGAGUGUAUGGGGAGGUUUGGUUAACUACUUCAAAGGAAAUUCUGAGCCAAGGCCUCCACAGAAGGAACAGCCACCAGUCUAUGAGGCCAACAACAGAUUACAGAAUGCACUGGCAGAAACCAAGGAGCAUGAAGGUAAAUAUGAGGCCAGCCAUCCCAACCUCAGGAAACUGGACACAUCUGGGUUUGGUGCUUCAUUUGAUAAUGAAUCAUCUCAAAAUGGAUACUCAAAGAACAGACACUUGAAAGCUGCUCAUGAGCAUCUGGACAAUAACUUAGAUGAGAUGUCCAAGGGUCUGAGUCGACUGAAGAAUUUGGGCCUGGGGUUACAAGCAGAGAUUGAUGAUCAUGAUGUCUCACUGAACUCUCUGCUAACUAAAGUGGACUCUAUGGAAGGCAAGAUAAGCUCCACCAACCGCCAACUCAAAAAUCUGAAAUAAAACUAGAGACUGACAUUAAUUCCUGUGUCAUCUCAAUAGUGGUGCAUUAUUGGAUAUUAUUUGACCAAUAGCCAAUUUAACAGUUUCACUCUUACCAAUUUAAUUAGCAAGUCUUAGCAUAGAUGCUUUCUCCCCACCAUAUGACAGUGGUAUCAGUUUCAGAGGGUGAAGGCUAGUACUUGCUUUUCAGUACCUUCUGCUGUUUUCAUAAGCAGUGGUAUAUGCCGAAUAGGAAUGUGAGUCCUUCUCUACACAUUUAGCUAAAGAGCUUUUAUCUUUUUAUUUUAUUUUUAUCUUUUAGCCAGAUCACAUCAGACAUCUGACCUAAUGUGUAGUCAUUUUGUGUAAGGCUUUUCUAAGCAAGUAUAGGGUCUAUAAAAUGUCUUAAAAUGAAAGUUGGCAAGAACAUGUUGCAGUAAAUGAAGAAUACCUAUUUUAAACCAUAAUGAUAAAUAAUAUUUCUUUCCAUCAUGACAUUACAUUUUGAGUGUGAGUUUUAAAGGAAUAUUCGUUGUUUUUCUGUAUAAUCACUACCUACCAAACAAGAAUUUUGACACAUUUCUUAGUACAGAGAAAAGAAAACCUGCUUACUUGAAGCUUACUUACAAUAGAAGUCUAAGGGUAGUUGUUGGGGCAGUUAAUAAAUGUUUGUGCAACUUGUAUUUUUGCAUAACGCAUGAAUUAAUUUUUUUAAGUUGUGUAAAGCGAACCUUCAAAAAAAAUGUAAAGCUCUAUAAAAGUAUAAGGUUUUCUUAUCGAGAUCUAAAUACUUUAUCAGAGUAAAGCUACGGGCUAGUUAUGGGCUACCAACAUAGUCAACCUAGGGUAAAGUCUGUCAGAAGAACCUCAGUUUCUGCCCAAAUGCACAUGGAUACCACAAAACUGUGAAUGCAUAAAUACCUAAUGACAACAGAUGUUAAAAUGCAGUUUUAUUCAACUUCCAUGUGUACUUUUUGAGAUACUCUGACUACAUUGGUAUGUCGUAACCAUAACAUGUUCCUGCUGAAAAAGCAUUUCCAGAUUAUACAGAAUUGGAGCCUGCUUUACAAAUUCCUUUGACUGAACAAUUUAUAAAGUGCUGUAUAAAAUUCUGUUGCUCAUGAAUGUUUAACUGCCUAAUAAAUGUCCUUCCAUUACUAGUUAUUACUUUUAAUCAAGUGAGUUUCACUUUCUCUUCUCAGUAUAGGGAAACUAUCAAUUAUUUGGCCAUGAUCAAGUAACUAGAUAAUAGGUUAGUCUGAUUGUUUUAUGUAGGUUUGACAUGUAAAAGGGCAACAUGAUUUCAGUGUUUGUCUUUACAUUGUAAAGCAGGCUAAAUUGUUGUAGAUUAAUGUGUUUAUAUUUUUAAAACCUACUGUGAAAAAAUACAUUAUGUAAAGAAAAUAAAAGGUUAGUUACAUUA